CUCUCUCGUCACGCACUGCAACAGCGCUCGGUUCGGCCCCAGCCUGCGCUGCGCCUGCGCUAUCUCGAAGCCUCCCCUCCUUCUCUCUCUCGAGUCUUCGCUACAACUACAACAGGGCAGCAGCAGAAUCCAGACCGCCAAACCCCAAAAGAUCGAGGAGGCAUCGAGCGCCUUCGCCAUGGAGGUACUCCGCUCCAUCCUCUCUCGCUUCUCCUCCCGCACCCGUACCCAAUCCCACCGGCUGUGGUCGAGCGGGGCCAGCGACAAGAACAAGGCCAUGGUUGAGCAGCUGCAGAGGUACGGGAUCAUCCGGUCGAGCAAAGUUGUGGAGGUCAUGGAGGCUAUUGACAGGGGGUUGUUCGUGCCCCCUGGUGGUUCGCCCUACUUCGAUAGCCCCAUGCCGAUUGGGUACAAUGCCACGAUAUCGGCGCCACACAUGCAUGCUGCUUGCCUGGAGCUCCUGGAGAAGAAUCUUCAGCCUGGAAUGCGUGCUCUCGAUGUUGGGUCAGGCACUGGAUACCUAACUGCUUGCUUUGCCCUGAUGGUUGGAUCGGAAGGGCGAGCAGUUGGUGUUGAACAUAUUCCAGAGUUGGUUGCUUCUUCGAUUGAAAACAUCAAGAAAAGUGCAGCAGCCCCACAGCUGACUGAUGGAUCCCUCAGUAUACACAUUGCUGAUGGCAGGGAAGGUUGGCCAGAGCUCGCGCCCUAUGACGCCAUCCAUGUUGGAGCUGCAGCGCCGCAGAUUCCAGAGGCGCUGGUCGAGCAGCUGAAGCCUGGUGGCAGAAUGGUGAUCCCUGUCGGGACAGUCUUCCAGGAGCUGAAGGUGGUGGACAAGAAGCUGGAUGGUUCGGUCAGCAUAAGAGACGAGACGUCUGUGCGCUAUGUGCCACUCACUAGCAAGGAAGCGCAAUUGCACGCAGACUGAUCGUCCUAUCAUGCAAAAUGAUGUAAAAUGAUAACUUGAUCCUACUCUCUGUAAUGCGCUGGGUUUGGAAAUAAUGUAAAAUGAUGAGCCUGGCUCAUCACCAAGGUAACCUGUU